AUUUCUUCGAUUGUUCAUUUCUUCUACUUGAUACUGGCUUCACGAUGAGUUCUACUAAGUCACAACUUCACCGAUUUAAUCGUGAGUCGCAUGAAUUUCGUCGUAGAACGAAAAGUCGGAAUCGACACAGCUGACAGAGCACAGUGAUCUCAGUCAUUAUACAUAUUAUACUCAUCGAAGCUGUCGAGACAAGAUGCAAGUUUCAGCAGGCGUUACGCCCGAAGAAAGAAAAAGCUAAAAGCCGAGGUCCGGUAAAUUCACCACUCAAGAAAGUCAACUACUAAUGACGUAGUAUAUCUUCUAAAUGGGAAUCUUCAUUUUCCUUUUCUUUUUUUUUUUUUCUCUGUUUCUUUCUUUCAAUCCGCCACAUGGAUAAUCGAUGAUUCAUGAAAGUACUAUUCAAAACAUUUAAAUCUAUAACAAAUAAACCCGAGCAGGCAACUGUACGAAUUGCAAUAUCCUCCGUCAUCUUUCGAUUUGAUUCGAUUUGAUUGCCAUUGUGUUAUCAGAAAGCUACCACGGUUUCAUGUUUGUAUGCUGAUUGUCCGAUAAUGAAAAUGAUAAUCUUGGGUUAUCGGGUGCUGCCUACUUUUACGAUAAUUACAAUGGAUAAAGAUAUAGCUGAAGCAAGCUCGAAGACAAACAUUCGACCGCUGUCGGGCUACUCGCGACUGAUUCAUUUAACAUCGAUGAAAAUUCGAGAAGGAAUUCGUUUCGAAGGAAGCGUUUUCUUUCAUACAAGCGAAGAUCAAUCCAGAGAAGUUGAACACAUUCACCGCGUGGCUUUGCUCCAGGGUCAUGGCUGUGAAGGAAUGGUUUAGAAGACUACAACCUGUCCAGUUGUACCUGGUCCUGUUCUUCACCACCGCUUUCUUUAUCGUCGAGGUGGUCGCUAGCCAUGUGACUCAUUCACUCACGUUACUUCUCAAUGCCUAUCACAUGCUAUGCAAUAUCAUCGCGCUUGUUGGUUGUAUCGCCUCCAUCAAGUAUAGCCAUCGUCAGAGCAGCGUCAGUUACAGUGGGAACAGCACCUCGAGCUCUUUACGAAAUUCAGCAAUCUGCAUACGUGGCGAUGAAAGAGAAUCUUCGACGUCUUUGUCGACGAAGACAAAGCAAUCACGAUCGGAUAGGAGGAUGAAGAAUACAUUUGGCUGGGCGAGGAUAGAUAUCGUUACGACGCUUAUCUGCUGCGUUUUCCUCGCGUCUUUCUGUUUUUCUUUGUUGGUCGAGGCUCUGCAAACAUUGGUGCACAUAGAUCACUUGGACGAAAUGCACCAUCCGAUGCCUGUUCUGGCAAUUGGCGCCUCGGGCAUUCUUCUCAAUGCCUUUUGUUACAUACUGAUUGGAGGAUAUACCUUUAAUCAGGGUCUUGUUCUUCACGUUACGAUGAACGGAGACGUGAUACUACGACGAAACAGUUCGCAGCAAACGAAGGAAGGUGAAGAACAGUUAUCUUCACAAACCAGACGAAGUCCUCUAGGUAUACCAAAGAGCCAAGGUUUCCGAGAAACGUCUCGUGACGCUUUAGGCUGUGUUUUUGUUAUCCUAGUAUCCAUUUUAGUAUAUUUCACCGACUCGAACGUCGCCAAAUACAUCGAUCCUCUGUUUGCCAUUAUCUCUGCCAUUUCACUCUUAGCGCUUAGCUAUUCGUACAUGAAAGAAUCUGGUCUAAUACUUCUUCAGACAAUUCCUAAUCACAUAAACAUCGAUUCUCUUAAGAGAGAAUUGCUAGAAGCUUUCCCCGGUAUUGUGAACGUCCAUGAUUUACACGUUUGGCAAUUAACAGGACAGAAGAUCAUCUCUACGGUUCAUAUAAUAUUCUUGGAUCCAACGGUGUACGCCAGCAUUAGCGAGCAAGUAACAGCCUUUUUUAUAAAAAUAGGAAUAACUCAGGUUACGAUACAACCUGAAUUUCAUAAGUUGAAGCCAAACAUGGAAAAAGCCGGUUGCCUGAUUCGUUGUCACGGCGAGCAUUGCAGUUCGUCUCAAUGCUGCUCCAAAGAAAAAUUCAUCGAAGACUCAUGCUCGGAUCCAUCGGUUAAGAAGCAAGCACAGCCCAUAACCAAGAAAUUUGAAAAGAAGGAAAUUAUUCCUUCUUCUACAACGAUCGAUCUGAAAAGGUUCACCGUCUAUGACAGAGAAAGUUCAAAUUCGUGUCAAUCGAUCGUCGAAAAUUCACCUGACGGAAGCUCUUGUCAACCGAAAGACCAAGUACCAAGUAACAAAGAUAACGCGACUGAUAGCAAUUUUUUCGCGAUAAAUGUGAUAGAUAUCAACGAUGAAACGUGUGCAACGAGUAACGAUGAACAGAGUACAGCAGUCGCAUCUUAAUAUUAUAUAACAUUUCGACUUGGAAAGGAAGGUACUUUAUUCUAUAUUCCAAAACUGCUGCGAACUUUUCAGAUACCACCGCAAUUAUGAAAUACGUCAUUUUGAUUGUUCCGGUAAUUAUCGAUCUCGUGUGUCUUCCUGGCUUUAUUGUAUCAUUGUGACGUUCAUCGCUACAUAUUGAAGGACGUCGACAAUUAUUUUAAGUAAAAUGACGAAUAAAUUCUGA